CUGUUACGAGUAGAGUAUUGUCGCGUGCAUUAUUGUUUUUACAUUACUUUUACGAAUAUUAUAACUGUGUGUGUGUUAUUAACUUUUGAGUUACUUUUCUUUUACUUAAUUUAAAAGUGUUACCUUUUCUCUCGUCAAUUUUAAGUGUGUGUGUGUUUAACGGUUCGUGUGCCAAAGUGCGUAUACGACACUAUCAGAAUUUCGCGCUAUACUUGAUAUUUUUAUGAUAUGCUCAAAUUUUGAAAAAUGUUACCUAUGUAAAACAUUUUUGGUUUUAACAUACAAUAAUAGAUUCAAGUUAUUGUAUUUUUUUCAGUCAGAAGUCAGAUUUAGGAAGAUCAAUGCCGAAGCAGUGCCCGUGCUUUUUAAAUAUGAAGUCGUUGGUUAUAUGGCUCGCCACAUUGACGUUAAUAUGUGUGCUCACCUAUUAUUCCAUAAUAACAUAUGGUUCCUUCAACGAUAAUAACGUCAAAAUCGAUUCGAAUAAUAUCGUAUCAAAUGCAUACUUGAUCAAUACAUCAGGAUGUCGUAUACCGGAAAUGUUCACGAGGGGACCGACGAUAGACAAGUUUUUGGAUACAGACCCUGAAGUAGACUGCACUAGUCCAAAACACGAUAGUCGUUUGAAAGGCUUCAAGGCAAUUACGUCGGACGAGACGGACCUCAUAAUUAACCCCGGUAUCUGGGCUAAGUUAAAUUUAUCCAAAAACGAUCCUUCGUUGACAUGCUAUUAUGAGCCCGUGAGCCGACCAAAACCAACAGCGUCGAACAAAGAAGACACCAAAUUUGACAAUGAUUUUUUGACUGGCAUGAAAAAACAAUUCAAAGACAGGGUGACGGUGACAGACGAAUUCGUGAAAGCGUGGUGUAUGUUAGAGUCGACCGAAGUGUACAGGUCCUAUCACGGAUUCGUGAUUCCCAAGUCGUCUACCGCAGCGAAACAAGACGAUGGAAAAGUCAGCGUGCUCGUGAUAGGCUUAGACGGCAUUUCGCGGUUGAACUUUAACCGUCAGAUGCCCAAAACGGCAGAGUUGCUAUCCAAAUUUGGAGUCGUGGAAAUGCUCGGCUACAACAAGAUGGAGUACAACACGUUUCCGAAUUUAGUGGCAACGCUCUCGGGUCAUUCGGUGCCCGAGCUUGCGGCUAGUUGUUGGCCGAAACAAGAAGCUUUCUUUGACGACUGUUCCUUUGUGUGGGACACCUUCAAGCGUGCUGGCUACGAAACCGGUUUCGGCGAAGACUCCCCGUUAAUUGGCGCGUUCAACUUUCAGAAGAACGGAUUCCAUAAGCAGCCUACCGACAGGUACAUCAGGCCCAUGAUGGUUGCCGCCGAAAACGACAUCGGCCACAAUAGUCCACUCUACACAGACCUGUGCAUUGGCGACAGCAUGCAAAUGACGUUUCUGUUGGAUUAUGUACGGAAGUUCGUUCGGUCCACGGACGACCACUUGUCGUUUGGAUUUUUCUGGAGCACCAGUCUCACGCACGACUACUUAAACAUAAUGCGGCACGGCGACGAGUGUCUGAGAGACUUUUUCGAAUUCUUAGACCAGUCGGGGCAUCUAAACAAAACGGCGGUGGUGCUGAUGAGCGACCACGGUCUAAGGUUUGGACCGUUUAGGGACACCUACCAAGGUAGUCUGGAGGAUCGACUUCCCAUGUUGAGGUUGAUUCUACCAAAAUGGUUCAAGGCCAAGUAUCAGGUGGCCAUGCAGAACUUGCGGGUCAACGUCGACAGGCUGACCACGCCGUACGAUACUCAUAAGACCCUUUUGGAUUUCCUCGACCUUAAGCAGUUGGAGGACAACGCUGUCAACCGGCGACCACCGUCCCGCGAUCUGGGCCAUAGCCUUUUCACGCAAGUCCCGGAAAACAGGACCUGCGAGUCGGCCGGCAUACCCAUGCACUAUUGCGCUUGUCACAAUAAGGUCAUUUCGCUUGAGACGGAUGACUCGAAAGUUGAACGCGUGGCCAGCGCUCUCGUUGACCACAUUAACGUCAAGUUAAAAACUCAUCCGCAGUGCGAACAGUUGAAACUGCAUAAGAUAGUGUCUGCCAGCAAGGAGACCGGCGGCGGCAACGGCAAGCUCGAGGACUUCGUAGUUCAAGUGAUCACCACGCCGGGAGAAGCCAAGUUCGAGGCGACCGUUAGAUACACGGAAAACAAUUUACAGUUGAUUGGCUCUAUAAGUAGACAGAACUUGUAUGGUAAUCAGAGCAUAUGCGUUAACGGUACUGAAACCAAAUUAUUAUGUUUUUGCAAGAACACAACAGAAUCCGUGGGAGUGGUUCUAUAACAUUAAGGAAACACGUCCCGCUGCGCUGACCUAUUUAUAAUGCAUUGUGUUCGUUUUUGUCUUUUAAUCAUUAUUGUAAAUGAUUCAUAUCAUUUAAAAUAAAAACCACCAUCAAUUAUUACAUAAGUAUAGAUUAAUCUGUUUAUAAUGUAAGACACAUGUAAGAGUAAAUAACUAUUAUUAGUACCAUACAUUUCCGAAUCUUCUUUAAACUGUACAAGUUCAGUCUCAAAGACGAAUUUCACUGAAAACAUGUAUACAAACUAUUAGUUAUAUAAGCCGCUUAUAAAACGAUGUCCAAUUAACGCGUUUCUUAAUCUUCACUUUCGCGGACCGCAUACAUUCUAACAUCACACCAAUCCCAAAUUUAACAUUUUUAAAAAUUUACAUUUUAUUCUGCACAGUAAUUAUUGAGUAAUACAGAUAAAAUAUCUAUGGAUAUCCUUUCCCUUCACUAAUCGAGAAAAACACCUAAACAAUUUACAUAUUUUCCAAGUUAAAAUUAAACAACUUUUUCAAAAACAGUCUAAUUAAUCUCUCAUUUGCAUGGAAUACUUUUUAAACAUAGUACUACCGAUGAACUGACAAAUCAACAAAAUACCAUAUGCCCUUUCACUUAUUAGUAAUGGAUAAUUUUUCUGUAUUUCUCUUUUUUAAGUGAGGUUUAGGAUCUAAGGUCUGCAAAUUAGAUGUUAUGUGGAUAGGGGAUAUAACAAAUAUUAUUUUCAUAAACAUCUGUAAUUAAAAUUUUUUAUAAUUAAAAAAAAAACCAAUAAAAAGAGGAUAAAAGUACACUUUGACCGUAGCGAUUUUCUAGAUUGCUACGUAUGUGUUCAACAUUUUAAGCCCCAAUAAAAAUGUUUAAGUAAUUAUUCAAAACUGGUUAUAGGCCGGCCAAUAUUCCCAGCAAUUUGUUCUUAUGCUUAAACGUUCAUUGAAUAUACACGUUAUAACUCAAGUUUCAAAAGUUAAUAGCACUAAGUUACAAAAUACUAGAAAAAGUUUAAUAUUUGGUAAUUUUUAGGUACUGUAAAAUAACAUUAAUAAAACAAUUUUUAUAAAGAAAAAACUACAAAAUAUUAUUUCCCAAGAAAAUGAGCGUCUUCCGUUAAAUGGAUCACCAUGUGUGUUUAUCGGUACAA